GGGAAGGGGAAUAUUUCGGACUCCGUCACUCUUCAUAAUGUGCUCACCAACGAAGCGUUUGUGGAUUUUGUCAUUGAUAAGAAUAGAUGCAGAACAGACUCCUUCAAGAGGACUGCAAAAUCUUCGUAUUUGUCUGAUGUUAACUAUUACGUUACGAUGUUACAACCUCUUGGUGCAGCGUCAUUCGUAGUGUUCGAACAACGUGGAUCAGGAGAUCCUCACGGAACACGUGGCAAGUGAUUUGCAAAAUAUGUGCCUUGACAAGAGUGCGUGCAGAGUAAGUCAACUUGCUUUUCAGGUAUCAAUUUUCAUUAUCUAGUCACCCACAGUUCACCAAUUAAUGAAUGUUUGAUACUUUUUUUGUCUAUUACUUUGAUGUUACCCAUCUUUCAUCUCUCUGACACCCGCACAUUGACAAUUUCAUGCUCUAAUUAAUCAACUUUGACAGAUGCUAAUUCAUUUUCUUGCUUGUAAAUUAUUUGUAUGUUUAUUAAAUAUCAAUCUCAUCUCGCUAUAAUUUCAUUAGCUCAUACAUGGAUUUAUACUGUUUUUUGACACGAUUAUAAUCGCAAUAACACCAGUCAAUCAAAUUAAUCAACCAAAACAGAAACCACGUGAUUUUAACAAUUGUCAAGAAGCUCCCGAUCGAAGCAUGGAGUUUCUACGUGGAGUUCUUUUCCUAUGACAAUAACUCAACCACGUGUGCAAAGACAACGGAUGUCGUGUCAUUCAAUCAACAGCUGAGCAUUAGUAUAAUCCGUAAGCGGAAUGCAAUCAACAACGCUUCAUUUUUCUCUGCAGUGUUAUGCCAAGAAUAAUUCGAAAAUGCGCACACCUGGCUACCAAUAAGUUAGCGACCUGUGUGGUGCAAUGCAUAUUCAAUUGUAUACGCGGUAUCUGUCUACAGAGAUGUCAUUAUUGAGCAAUGUCUUCUGUUUUCAGAUUCUGAAUUUAAAAUUCUUUAUCACUUUUAACGACAUAAGCUGCUAGAGACGUACGCCAGUCACGUAGUCGUCGUGAAGUUCGGUUUUGCUACAUAUCGAUUGGCUGCCAA